AUGUGUCGUUUUCAUCGAGAUCUGUCGUCGUCUCCGACCAGAUCCAUCGUCACUCUCUCUCACGCAGCCGGCGACAAGAGAUUACGAGAAUCGCGAUUCCAAACCUCAAAGACGUUGGCUCCUCUCCACAAUUCACACUGGUAUGUUUCGAAUUUGUUUUGUUGUAUACAUUCUACUCUGAGGAUAUCUGUCUAUGUUGAAGUUCUACGUAGAAACCAUGUUGGUGACUGGGGAACAAAGUUUGGAAUGUUAAUUGAGUACCUCUUUGAGAAGUUCCCUGAUACUGAUCUUGCGGAUUUUUAUAUGAUACAGUCCUGUUACAAAGAAUCAAAAAAAAAUUUUGAUGUGGAUCCAGUCUUUAAGAAAAAGGCACAACUAGCCGUGGUCCGUAUACAGGGUGGAGAUCCUGUUUACUGCAAAACGUGGGCUAAGAUUUGUGAAACCAGUCGAACCGAAUGUGCCACGGUUUAUCAACGCCUUCAGAUUGAGCUUGAAGAAAAGGGAGAAAGCUUUUACAAACCUUAUAUACCUAGCAUGAUUGAGGAAUUGAGUGACAAAGGGUUGGUUGAAGAGAGUAAGGGAGCUCGUGUGAUUAAAACCAAGGGGUUGGUUAAAGACAGUGAAGAAGCUCCUGUGGUCAAUAACAAGAUUUUAGUUGAAGAUAGUGAGGGAGCUCCUGUGGUUAACAAAAAGAAAGACUCUAACACACUCAUGCUUGUAAAGAGUGAUGGUGCUUACACCUAUGCUACAACAGAUAUGGCUGCCCUUUGUGGGUUAAUCUAA